UUUCCCUCAGCUUUCUCCCUCCUUCCUCUCUCCCUUCCUCCGGCGUCUCCAGCCGACUCCCGCUUCCGGUCAGCAGUCGUCUGCGAAAGAGUGUCCCGCCUCUUCCGCUUCUCCGGUGUCUGUGCCGGCGGCGGCAGCGGCGCCUGCGCGUCUCCUGUCAGGGUCAGCAGGCGGGUCCCCUGGGCAGUCCACCUGCACCUCGCGGAUCCGCACCCCGGGGGUCGAUGGCGAUGAACUAUAACGCGAAGGAUGAAGUGGACGGUGGGCCCCCGGGUGCUCCUGGGGGCACAACUAAAACCCGGAGGCCGGAUAACACGGCCUUCAAACAGCAAAGGCUGCCCGCUUGGCAGCCCUUCCUUACCGCGGGCACGGUGCUACCUACCUUCUUCAUCAUCGGCCUCAUCUUCAUCCCCAUUGGCAUCGGCAUCUUCGUCACCUCCAACAACAUCCGCGAGAUCGAGAUUGAUUAUACCGGAAUAGAACCUUCCAGUCCCUGCAAUAAAUGUUUGUCUCCAGUUUCAACACCUUGCAUUUGUACCAUUAACUUCACACUGGAAAAGUCAUUUGAGGGCAAUGUGUUCAUGUAUUAUGGACUGUCUAAUUUCUAUCAAAAUCAUCGUCGUUAUGUGAAAUCUCGAGAUGAUAGUCAACUAAAUGGAGAUCGUAGUGCUUUGCUUAAUCCCAGUAAGGAAUGUGAGCCUUAUCGAAGAAAUGAAGACAAACCAAUUGCUCCUUGUGGAGCUAUUGCCAACAGCAUGUUUAAUGAUACAUUAGAAUUGUUUCUGGUCGCCAAUGAAUCUGAUCCUACGCUUACGCUCAUUCCUUUGAAAAGGAAAGGUAUUGCUUGGUGGACAGAUAAAAAUGUGAAAUUCAGAAAUCCUCCUGGAACAGAAAGCCUGAAAGAACGAUUUAAAGAUACAACAAAUCCAGUAAACUGGCUUAAACCAGUAUAUGAGCUUGAUCCUGAAGAUGAGGAUAAUAAUGGAUUCAUAAAUGAGGAUUUUAUUGUUUGGAUGCGUACUGCUGCAUUACCUACUUUUCGUAAGUUGUAUCGUCUUAUAGAACGGAAAAAUGAUUUACAUCCAACAUUACCAGCUGGACGAUACUAUUUGAAUAUCACAUACAAUUACCCUGUACAUUCUUUUGAUGGACGAAAACGGAUGAUCUUGAGCACUGUUUCAUGGAUGGGAGGAAAAAAUCCAUUUUUGGGGAUUGCUUACAUCACUAUUGGAUCCAUCUCUUUCCUUUUGGGAGUUGUACUGCUAGUAAUUAAUCAUAAAUAUAGAAACAGUAAUAAUACUGCAGACAUUACCAUUUAAUUUUAUAUUCUGAAAAUAAAUCUACUGCAUGUGUAUCAAGACCAGUCCUAUUCAACCUAAGCUUUCGAACACUGAUGUCUGGUUAGUAUGUCAUUUUGAAGUUGGCACAUAACUGUACUUUCAAAACAUUCUUUGUCCUUUGCUUCUUCCCUGUGAAUGACUUAUGAAAAUAUAUGACGGGUAUAAAAAAAUUAGCUACCUUGAUCAUAUCAACACUGUAAUUGCUAAAAUGACAUUCUAAUGUUUGCUUUUUAUUGGGACAGGCCACAUGAUGCAUAGAGCCUCUUUCAUGUGAAAUGCAUCUACUGCUUAAUUGUUUAUGCUAUGUUGAUAAUAUAUUGACAUACGAUGCUGUAUAUGUAUACCUAUGGUGUGAAGAAAGGAAUUACAAGAUGUAUGAGUUUUAAUGACUUGCUAACUUUUCAGGAUUCAGAGUUACAGAAAGAUGAAGAAAAACAAAAUCUAAAUAAAACACUUCAUCAUUUUCAUGUGUUGUUUGUAAAGGCUUAAAGUACCAUCUUUGUUGAGGUGGUUCAUGUAUUCAGUUUAUCUAUUAUAGUUCUUUGUUAAGCUUAGCUUUUAUUUCAGAGGACAUGCGUAUUACCUUGUCUGGCAUAGAAAUUAAUACUCACUUCUGAAGGGAUCAGGUAGGUCCUGGAUAGGUGAAUUUAAAAUUCUUCUUUUCAUUUGGUUAAAAUGUUGUAGUCAGGAACCCCAACUCACUUGAAAUGUUUAUACAUGUGAUCAUUUCCCUUGAAGUUUAUACUGCAUAAGGGAAGAAAGAAUAUAGGUGAGAUGGAAAAACUGCUUGGCAGACGAUCAUCUUCUGCCUCAACUGUAAAUCAGAUGUAAAUGUUCAGAGGAGACUGUUUUUAUUCUUGUGACAGUUAAUAUUCAGAAAAUUACUUCAGCAUUGAAAUACCUCAAGUUGUUCUUAUUUGGCAGGUAAGUGUUUCAACUCGAGUACUAAUAUUCCACAAUAUUUUGAAACCUUAAUUUCCUUUGUAUUUCAUUUAAUUUUGCAUACAGGUCAAACUUGAAUGUGUAUACACAUUCUCUUUAGUUAAGAUACCAAUUGGUUGGUUGGUUUUCUUAAUACAGUUUAAAAAGAUUCCUACAUAAAUUCUGGGGAUUUUAGAGUAUGUACAUGGCAAAUUAUA